CUAAGCCACGCCCUGCCCCCGAGCUCCAGUCGCCGCCCCCGGAGCGCAGGGAUCCACUUCCGGUUCCGGGGCGCCAUGGCGAAGCACCUCCGGUUCUGGGGCCGCACGGUCAUGGUGCAGAGCGGCAACGUGGAGGGGGCCUACAGCGCCCUCAACAGGAUCCUGUCUCAGGACGGGCUGCUGGACACGGUGCGCCGGGGUCGCUACUACGAGAAGCCGUGCCGGCGGCGCCAGCGCCUGGCCUACGAAGCCUGCCGGCGAGUCUACAACAGCGAGAUGGGCAGGAAGAUCAACUUCCUGGCGCGCAGCAACCGCCGGGACCCCUGGCUGGGCUGCUAGGCGGAGACAAGGGGGAGACGAGGCCCCGAAUAAAGGCCCGAGCCCGUG